CCCCUCGAACUUCAAACACAGGCUUUUCCCACUCAUGAAGAGCCCACAUGGCCACCUUUUAAGCAGUGUAUAUAUAUCCCCAACCCUCUGCAACUUCUCCUUCAGUUCUUCUCCUCAUUCCCUCCAUUACCCACAAAAAUGGCAGCAGAUAAAGUAGUGGAAACCGUGAUCGCCGGAAACUAUGUCGAAAUGGAGGCCGACGGCAACCCCCCCACCGUCAAAUCCAAGCUCUCCAACCUCUUCUGGCACGGCGGCUCCGUCUACGAUGCCUGGUUCAGCUGCGCCUCAAACCAGGUCGCCCAAGUUCUCCUUACUCUGCCCUAUUCGUUUUCCCAACUGGGUAUGCUCUCGGGGGUGCUGUUUCAGCUCUUCUAUGGCUUGCUUGGCAGCUGGACCGCCUAUCUAAUUAGCAUUCUCUAUAUCGAAUACAGAACCAGAAAGGAAAGGGAAAAAGUGGAUUUCAGAAACCAUGUCAUCCAGUGGUUUGAGGUGCUUGAUGGGUUGCUUGGGAAACACUGGAGAAAUGUGGGUUUGGCAUUUAACUGCACUUUUCUUCUGUUUGGAUCUGUCAUUCAACUAAUAGCUUGUGCAAGUAAUAUUUAUUACAUAAAUGAUAACUUGGACAAGAGAACUUGGACGUACAUCUUUGGGGCUUGCUGUGCCACUACUGUGUUCAUUCCUUCCUUUAGGAACUACAGAAUCUGGUCCUUUCUUGGUCUUUUGAUGACCACUUACACUGCUUGGUACCUCACCAUUGCCUCCAUCCUCCAUGGCCAGGUGGAGGGAGUGAAGCACUCUGGUCCAACCAAGUUGGUUCUUUACUUCACUGGGGCCACAAACAUUCUUUACACAUUUGGUGGGCAUGCUGUCACAGUGGAAAUCAUGCAUGCGAUGUGGAAGCCACAGAAGUUCAAGGCAAUAUACUUGGUGGCGACUGUGUAUGUGCUGACACUGACACUCCCAUCAGCAACCGCCGUGUAUUGGGCGUUUGGAGACAUGCUUCUGAAUCACUCCAAUGCCUUCUCCCUUCUCCCAAGAUCUCCCCUCAGAGACAUGGCUGUCAUCCUAAUGCUCAUCCACCAGUUCAUCACAUUCGGAUUUGCCUGCACUCCUCUGUAUUUUGUGUGGGAGAAGGUCAUUGGGAUGCACGAAUGCAAGAGCUUAUGCAAGAGGGCAGCUGCCAGAUUGCCUGUGGUCAUCCCCAUUUGGUUUUUGGCCAUCAUCUUCCCUUUUUUUGGCCCCAUCAACUCCACCGUUGGAUCUCUCCUCGUUAGCUUCACUGUCUACAUAAUCCCUGCCCUCGCCCACAUGUUCACCUUCCGAUCCCCUGCUUCCCGUGAGAAUGCGGUGGAGCAACCGCCGAAGUUCACCGGCAGAUGGGUUGGAGCGUAUGUGAUCAAUGCAUUCGUCGUGGUGUGGGUGUUGGUUGUCGGAUUCGGGUUCGGCGGGUGGGCUAGUGUGACCAACUUCGUACAUCAGAUCGACACAUUCGGGCUUUUCACCAAGUGUUACCAAUGCCCCCCACCGACAACUGCUCUACCACCACCACCGCAUCUCAACAUCACAGCAGCACCACCACCGCACCACCACCAUCGCCCGGGCGGCCAUUGAUGAGUGAAGGGACAGAAUGAUGAGACUGUUGAGGUUGUUUAGGUCAAGGAAGGGACGAUUGGGAUAAUGUUUGUUUGCUCUGUACUGCAGCUUUUGGUUUGAUUAGACAGAGGGGAGGGGUAAAAACAGAGUUGGCGAAUGUAGCUCUUUUUCAUCCGAAAUAGUACAUUUCCCUUAUCAUUC